UUCGUACUAAUUAAUAGUUUAUAAGCUUAAUAGUUUUUGCCAUGAUUCUUUGUCUGCAAAAUGAAGGAUAUUUGAAUGUAAUACCCACAUUAACAACCCAACAGUGGACCAGUCCGUGGUCAUGGGCGUGUUUCAGAGAGACAGAUUCCCAGCGGCUGUGGUUGUUUAUUCCUUCUGAUAUGAUUAAUUUUGCGUAUCUAAUAAUUUAAAAAAAAUCAAUAAUAAUAAUAAUAAUAAUGAUAAUAAUAAUGAAAAUAAUUCUCCCAAAUCCAGAAACCGGUUGGACUCAGUGUGUAGUAACAUGUUGCCGCCUCACGGUGCCCCUGUUGUUCCUCAUUAGGUCCUCCCUUAAUAAAAUACCUUAUUAAUCAAAAUCUAUUGCAAUUUCAUCACAGUGUCUAAAUGUUUAUCACUGUAAAUAGAAAUUAGCAUGCAUCUUUAUGAAAGCAAAUACAAAAUAGAAAGACCAAAGACAUUAAAGCAGGAAAACAAUAAAAUGAAAUACAACAAAUAAAUAAAUAAAUAAAUAAGAAAAAUAGUAUGAAUAAUGAGUUGAAUAAUGAUGUACUGCAUGCUAAUGAAAAUAAUGGACAGGCCUUGUAGAAAUGUUUGUAAUAAUUUGAUUUACUGCAUGUACAAAUUUUGCCUCUCUCUCCUGUUAGACUGUUGGUGAACUCAAUUAACCGUUUGAUUAUUUUCAAUUAAGUUUCCAUUUGCACUUUACGCUAAUAGCCAUGUCCAUCUUACCGGGGACAUCUUCUGGACUUCAUAUUGGAACAGCGCCGCCAAAUACUCUUUGUGUAACAAUGACCAGCUCACAGUCAGUGAGUCACUUCAAUAAGAAAAUAACUAGAGGCCAGCGCCUUGGGAAAAACCGUCUAAACAUGUUGCGUAAAAAAAUGCACAUUUACAACUCAAACACUUUGAAGAAACGGAACUACUGUCAUUAAUGAUGGUAAACAUCACUUGGCCUAAGCUAACAGCCAUGGGAUAUUCAGAGCCGGAGGUAUCACUUUUCUCAUCCACCAAUUACUUUCAAAUUACGUCGGACUGAUGAAUAAGAGGACUUAAGUAGCCGGGGACCAACGUAGUGAGGUUAACUUACGAAUCUUUACUUCUCAUUUUUACCUGCAUCUCACAGCGCCAGCAUCCCCUGCAGCUUUGACACCUUUCUCUGGAGGGAAAGGCGGUUGGAGAGCACUAACAAAAUGACUGAAACGGAUACCCGGAGUCAUCAUACUGGAAAGCAAGAAAAUGGAAAAGCCAUGGCAAAAACAUCAGAGGUGGAUGAUGCUUUUGACAACACCUUAAAUGAUAAUGAGGGUUCUCAACCACCGAUAGUGGUGGUGUGGAGAAAUGUCAUACUGAUGUCUCUCUUACAUAUCGGUGCGCUUUAUGGACUGUUCCUCAUUCCCUCUGCAUCAGUUUUAACUCUCGCAUUAUCUGCAGUUUUGUACAUCCUCACUGGUCUCGGCGUGACUUGUGGAGCACACAGAUUAUGGAGCCACAGAUCUUUUAAGGCUUCUUUUCCCUUGCGAGUCUUUCUUGCUAUCUGUCAGUCCAUGGCCUUUCAGAAUGACAUAUACGAGUGGGCGAGGGACCACCGUGUUCAUCACAAGUAUUCCGAGACAAAUGCAGACCCCCACAAUGCCAAACGGGGGUUUUUCUUCUCCCACGUUGGUUGGCUGCUCUGUCGCAAGCAUCCCAGUGUCAUUGAAAAUGGCCGUAAAAUAGAUAUAUCAGACCUGAAGGCAGAUAAAGUGGUCAUGUUCCAAAGAAGGUACUACAAGUUGUCUGUGGUGACCCUUUGCUUCCUUAUGCCCACGCUGGUGCCCUGGUACUUCUGGGGUGAAUCCUUGGUUGUGGCGUACUUCAUCCCUGCGGUCCUGAGAUACGUUCUGAUGCUCCAUGGCACCUGGCUGGUCAACAGUGCUGCGCACUUGUGGGGCAACAGGCCUUAUGACAAGACCAUUAACCCAGCGGAAAACCCACUGGUAUCUCUCAGUGCCGUAGGGGAAGGCUUCCACAACUACCAUCACACAUUCCCCUUUGACUACGCUGCCAGUGAGUUUGGCUGGAAGCUCAAUCUCUCCACUGCCUUUAUAGAUGUCAUGUGCUUCCUGGGUUUGGCCAAGGACCGCAAGAAGGUGUCAAAGGAAACGAUCAUUGCUCGCAUGCGGCGAACGGGGGACUCAGCCAAAAGUGGCUAAAUCCCACCAGCCUCAAACUCUGUAACUGAUGCCAACAUGCAAGAUCAAGACAGAAUGUAGCAACAUGGAAAGCAGCAUUUUGGUGGUGGGGUGGUAAUUACGAUGCUUCUGAUUAUAAGUUCUUUAGACUAAUGUUGAAUUUGUUAAUAUAUGUGUCAAAGCAGUAAUUUACAGAAUUUUAUUAUUAAUAGAUCUGUUAAUAGUCUUUGGCACCUUGGAACCUUUACUGAAACCCUUAAGUAUUUUUUUUCUUUUUUUUUUGCUUAGGGCAUUUUGCUCUAACGUCAGUCAGUAGUUCUUUGUCUCAUUCUACAGGAAGUGGAGGUUGAUUUUGAUAUUUGUUUGUCUUUUUUUCAGACAAUGUUCUUUAUUUGAGGUAAACCAGUAGUUUUACUAAACCUUAAGUUGUAAAAUGUCCAUUAGUGUUCAGAUGUGUUAUACUGUGACACUUUUAAACCCGCUGUUUCCAAUUGUCCAAGGGGCUCUUAAUGCAAGUCUUUAUUCUCUGGUCUAACACAAUGUAUACCUUGAGAAGAGAAGCAAACUUCAGCCACAAUCUUCAUGGAGAUGCCUCUGGACUGAAACAUAGAACCAGACUUCUGGAAUCUUAAUCAGACAUUAAGGUCUUCAUCUCCCUCAGACAUGGCCAAUGAAGCAUGUGUAGGAGGGGGUGUUUAAUUUUUCUGCUGUUUGAUAUCAUUGAAACAUAUCAAGAAUCUUGCCCAAAUGCCUCAUGAGGCUUGGCACACUUAUUUAAAAAACAUAAUAAAAGUUCAAGUUAUGGUAGUAAAUUAGAGCUUAAAUUGUCAGUAAGAAUCUCCUAAAAACUGAAACCCCUCAUCCAUAAUGAAAAUAAGGCGACAAAUCUUAAGUAUUGAAUUAAUACUGAAUAUGACUUAUAAUUUUAACCUUUGUAGGAGGAAUUAUAUAUUCUGCUUUGGCACUAAUAUUGCAUCAGGUCCAGCAGAGGUUAAGAAUCUUGAAAUGUUUUUAUCUUCCUCUUGCUGCUGACAUAAUCGAGCCAGAGUAUCUUUUAAACCCUUCUCUCUCCCGUUUUUGGACAUGUGCUUGUUGAAAUGAAAGCCUUGCCUCCUGUCUGCACAACUGAUGGGCAUCUAUAAUCCUGGGC